CCUCUUUAUUUUUUAUCUGUUUAUUUGUUAUAAAUACCAUGUGAAGUUUCAGCAUCUCCCUAUCAACCCAAUUUCGGCUUUCCACUACCUUAUAAACACCAUGCUUUCAUGCCUAGGGUGUAGAUCAAGCAGCAGCACCAGCCGCAAAGGCAAAGAGACGUCGGAUGGCAUCAAAGUUAGGGUAAUGCCAUCCUCGACACCAGUUCCUCCACCAGCGUCAUCCGCCAGCGGCAAAAAGACUUCAGAUGGCAUCAUAGUUAGGGUAAUGCCAUCCACGGCACAAGCACAAAUUUCCCCAUCAGCAGCGGCCGUCGACCAACUCGUCUCUAGGCAAUAUAGAGGCAAUGGCACGGGCACUACAGCCAACCCUACGCCGCCGCGGUUGGCUCAUACUAUUCUAGCUAUAGCUCAAACUAUUGGAUCUACCAAUACGCAGCAGGUUGGCUCCGACGCUUCUACGCCCUUUAAACGCCUAGUGGAACGAAGUAUCUCCGCAUGGUCUUCUCUGCGAUUUUGCCAAGAAAAUAAAUAUUACAAUAUUCACCUACACGCCACGGCCUUAAGGGGAAUGAAGUCCCUAGAUGAAGUGCUUAACAGCCGCACACCAAUCUCGCAGAUGUGGUUUUUCCAACUCAAGAGUUCGUUCAUGCAACAGAGCAGGUUUACUCAAUGGGACGAGUCACGAUUAGAUGACUACGUUUUGAUUCCCGUUGCUGCUGGGUUUGUCAACAAGACCGACUGCGUUUUCGUCAGCCACUUCUGGCGCACAACUCAACAUCCCGAUCCUGAGGGGUUAGAUCUCAACCUACUUCGUCAGGAUCUAGCCGACUCUAGGUGCUCGUAUGUAUGGGUAGAUUGGACAUGUCUGCCUCAAGGCAAGCUAUCCGACUUACAAAAGUACUAUUUCCAAGUCUCGCUCCGCAAAUUACCACUAUUAGUAAGAGACUGUGGCUAUUCCUGGAGAUUCCCCGACUUCCAACCUAGGUUGUGGAUCUUAUUUGAAGUAGCCUGCUGGCUCUUCAACCAUGAGAGCUGCGUCGAGUACGACGACAUGGCGGGAUAUAUCUCUGAUUGCAGGGAAAUGGUCCAGGUUGGGGUUAAAGCAGUGGUGGAUAAACGUAAAUAUAAGUGCACGAAUGGCGGCGACACGCGAAUAGUGACGAGCUGGCUGGAGUUGCUAGUGCUUUUAUAUAAACACGUUCCGUCUAUAUCGACUAGACGAGACCUCUUGGACACAGUCGAGGGCUUUCAUGCUACUACCAUGGCGGAGGUGAAGUUCUACAGCGACGACGAUAUCUCUGUUGACGUGGUGGGAGGAAAGCUGGUGGUGGGAAACAAGACUUACAGUUUUACCCCUAUUCCACCUCCCUCCGUUACCAGACCAAACGUGACCCGCACAACUAGAGAGACCUCAACCCACGACGUUACACCCAGCGAGGAGAAGGCGCUCAUAGAAACCGCAACCCGCGACCUCGAAUCCGACAACCCCGCACGACUCACAGAAACCAACAAGCUAAUCGCCGAACUCCUCAAGAAAAACCAAAACCUCGCCGCAGCAGAAACGCUCGCUCGAGCCAUGAAGUCCCACACCGACAAAACAUACGGCCCCAACCACGUCACCGCAAUCACCAGCUCUCACCGUCUCGCACUAGCCUGCCAAGUCGUCGGAAAGCAAUCCGAGUCCUCCGCUCUCCUCGCCCAAACCCUCUCCCUAAAAGGCGCGCUCAUAGACGACUCCAUCCAGCGCGGCGGCUUCGCCUCAGCAUCCUCUAUCUGCCGCGAAAUCGUCGACUUCGACGAGCAGUUUCUCACGAAAGCCGAACCCGAGGCGAUCCGCGAUAUGGGCGUUCUGGGAACGUGUCUGUAUCACCAGGGCAAGCAUGGGGAGGCGGACGCACAUCUAGGGCUGGCGGCUGAUUUGGCGGAGUUGAUGCUUGGGCGCGGCGCGGAGUAUACGCGCUUGGUGAUGCUGGAUUUUGCUAGUAAUUGUGCGAUGCUGGGGAGGUUUGAGGAGGCGGAUGAGGCGUUGAAGAGGGUGGGGAGUGUUGCUGAGAAUCAUCGUCAUGCUAGGUUGAUUAGGCAGGCGAAGAUGAUACUUGAGCAGCAGCGGAGAAAACAGAAUGCUCAAUAUCUUGUUUUCUAGGACGAAGACUGCCAGAUCGCCAAAGUUUUGCGCAUAAUCACCGCUGGGAUAGUGCGGUCACAUUCUUAUAACCCUUAUAAGAACUAUAAGCAGGCGACUUUAAGAGACGUCAACACGUGACAUCUUCAACACGUGAUCUCCGCGGCACGUGAUCUCUAUAACACGUUACUACAACACCGAUACUAGCAUGUGACAACGCAAUCAUGAACCCGAAAUCGAUACAACAAGCAAUAGAAAAGGGGACACCUUCCAUCGCGUAUCUGCAUCCUACAGCCUCGGUCGGGGAGACCGGAAUGCGUUGGUCAGACCACAAUCCUCCUACCCGAUCCCACCCACGAUCUAGAUCUAGAUCUAAGGUGGCGAAGGGCUGGGCGAUAUUUUGGGGUACGGGAGGAGCGGAGGGGGGAGUGGCGCGCGGGAGACAUGGGAAGCUGUACGGAAGGAUGGAUUGAGGAGGUUAGGUAAGGAUACGGUAAGGGGAG